AUAAAGAAGCAUGCUAAACAUGAACUGAUGAACUCAGUAACCAAGCAAAGAUCUGAGAGAGAUGGCAGGGAAAGAGAGUGUGAUAGUACAUGGGAUGUGGGCAAGCCCUUACUCUAAGAGGGUUGAACUAGCCCUCAAAGUGAAGGGCAUACCUUAUGAAUAUGUGGAGGAAGAUUUCAAGAACAAAACCCCAGAGCUGCUCAAGUACAACCCAGUUCACAAGAAGAUCCCUGUUUUUGUUCACAAUGGAAAACCUAUUGCUGAGUCUCUUGUCAUCCUUGAAUAUAUUGAAGAAGUUUGGAAAGAUUGUCCUCAACUUCUCCCAAAUGAUCCCUACGAAAAGGCUCAAGUUCGAUUCUGGGUUGACUUUAUCAACCAAAAGUUCACUGACAUCAUGAUGACAAUAAUUAAAACUAAGGGAGAAGUACAAGAGAAAGCCCUGAGUCAGGUGCAUGAACUAAUUAAGGUGCUUGAUGAAGGAAUCAAGAUCUUUUUCCCAGAUGGGAAUCCAACUUUUGAGGUUAAGAAUUUGGGGCUCCUAGACAUUAUAGCAAGUACAGUGUUUUGCUCAUUUUCAGCUACAGAAGAAGUGAUUGGUGCAAAGAUCAUAGACCCAGAGAAGACUCCAUUGCUAUACUCCUGGGUGAAAGCUCUGGGCGAGCACCCUCUAGUGAUGGACAUAAUUGUUCCUCAUGAAAAGCUGGUGUCAAUUCUUGGGCCUUGGAGACAGAGUUUCAUCAAUCCUCCUCCUUCUCAAACUUAAUUAAUGUUGCAUCACUUGGCCUUUGCAUGUUCUUGCUUUGCUUUGCUUCUGUUUCUUUUAUUAUAAUCUGAAUAGUUGGAAAUAAUUUAUUCCUCAUCAACUUCUGAAUUCAAUAUGCAGGCUUUCGUUUCAACUACUUUGGCUUGUAAUAUAUCAGUAUAUUCCAUAAUGUGAUUGGAAUAUUUCAACAAUUUAUACUACUAUUCUUAGAGCCACUUUCAGCUUC